CUCCAUAAUCAAAAGGCAUAGAUUGGCAGAAGGGUUAAAAAAAAAAAAAAAAAAGCAUGAUUCAGUCAUAUAAUUACCUGUCAGAGAAUUGUGUUAGAUCUAGGAUCAUACAUAGGUUGAAACUGAAAGGACAGAAAAAGAUAUUCUAUGCAAAUAGUGACCAAAAAGGAACUAGAGUAGUUAUACUAAUCUGAAAUAAAAUAGACUUUAAGUCUGAAACUAUCACAAGAGGCAAAAGAGUACAUAUAGAUUAUAUUUACAGAAAAGUUGUGAAGAUAGUGCAGGCAGGGGUGUCCAAUCCGUGGCCCACAGGCUGUGUGCUGAUUUUGUGAGGAUUUUUUUUUUUUUUGCUAAUCAGCUUUUGUUAGUGUUUGUGAAUUUAAUGUGUGGCCCAAAACAACUCUUACUCUUCUGACAAGCAACAGAAGAAAAAAAAGGUUGGCCAUCCCAGGAAGAGCUCCUCUCGUAUCCCACAUCCACUUUCCCUGUUGUUAAUAUUUAUAUUAGUAUGGUGCAUCUGUCACAAAGAAUAAACCAUUUAAUAAAUUGAUAGAUUAUUAUUAAGGAAAGUUCAUAUUUUAUUUAGAUUUUAGUUUUUACCUGACAUCCUUCUUCUGUUAUGAGUGGUCUAUGAGGUGCUGUUAUGAGUGGUCUUCUUUUCUCCUUGCACUGUGACCAUUUCUCAAACAUCCCUGUUUUAGAUGGUUUUCUAAAAUGUUGAGGGGCAAGUAAGUUUUUGGUACAUAAAAAUUUACUAGACUAAGGAAAUUACUUAUCAUUCCUCGUUUCCUAAGAGUUUUAAUAUGACUAGGUUAUUAAAUGCUUUGUCUGGAUUUAUUGAAAUAGGGUUGCAUUAAUAGAUUUUCUAAUAGUAAAUCAUUCUUAUUAUCCUGGGACAAACCUUAAUUGGUUACAGUAUGUUCUUUAUCACAUAUGUCAGUGAAUCUAGUUUGCUAUUAUUUUACUUAGGAAUUUUACUUAUAUGCUUAUAAAUGAGAUUAUCUUAAAAUUUUUCUUCCUCAUAGUGUCUUUACCCAGUUUUGGUGACAAGGUUACCCUAACUUCAUAAAAUAUGACAGGGAGUUUUUCUUUUUAGGGAAAAGCUGAAUUUUAAUAACUGACUGAAUUUCUUUGAUGAUUACAAAUAUACUCACAUUUUCUAUUUCUUUCUGUGUUGGGGUUUUUUUUUAUUGUUAAAUCAUAGCUGUGUACAUUAGUGCAAUCAAGGGGUGCAAUGUGCUGGUUUCAUAUACAAUCUGAAAUAUUCUCAUGAAACUGUUCAACAUAGCCUUCAUGGCAUUUUCUUAGUUAUUGUAUGUAGACAUUUGUAUUCUGCCUUUAGUAAGUUUCGCCUGUACCCAUUCUAAGAUGCACCCAUUACCCUCCAUCCACCCUAACGUCCCCCCUCCCUUCCCCUUCCUUGGCCCUUUCCUCAUAGUCUUGUGCUAUAGUUGGGUUUGGGUUAUAGCCUUCAUGUGAAAGCUAUAAUUUAGCUUCAUAGUAGGGCUGAGUACAUUGAAUACUUUUUCUUCCAUUCCAGAGAUACUUUGCUAAGAAGAUUAUGUUCAAGCUCCAUCCAUGUAGACAUGAAAGAGCCUCCAUCCUGCGCCCACGCCGGCUCCUCCCUCUCACUGCCUGGUGCGUAAGGAGACCUCUUCGGGGACCACCGGGAUCUGGGCUCCAGGCGCAGCUGGAGCAGGUUAGUUGAGCAGCAUGCGGAACGCGACGCCGAACGAGGAGUCGGGGCCCAACCUCACGAUCGCGGACCGAGGCUGGGACGGUCCCCUCGGUAACGACUCGCUGGCGGGAGAGUCGCUGUCGCUCUUCCCCGCGCCGGUGCUGGCGGGCGUCACGGCUACCUGCGUGGCGCUGUCCGUAGUGGGCAUCGCCGGCAACCUGCUGACCAUGCUGGUGGUGUCGCGCUUCCGCGAGCUGCGCACCACCACCAACCUCUACCUAUCCAGCAUGGCCUUCUCCGACCUGCUCAUCUUCCUCUGCAUGCCCCUUGACCUCGUCCGCCUCUGGCAGUACCGGCCCUGGAACUUCGGCGCCCUGCUCUGCAAACUCUUCCAGUUCGUCAGCGAGAGCUGCACCUACGCCACGGUGCUCACCAUUACCGCGCUGAGCGUCGAGCGCUACUUCGCCAUCUGCUUCCCGCUGCGGGCCAAAGUGGUGGUCACCAAGGGCCGGGUGCGAGUCAUCCUCCUGGUCAUCUGGGCCGUGGCCUGCUGCAGCGCCGGGCCCAUCUUCGUGCUGGUGGGCGUGGAGCACGAGAACGGCACCGACCCCCGCGACACCAGUGAGUGCCGCCCCACCGAGUUCGCGGUGCACUCGGGGCUGCUCGCCGCCAUGGUGUGGGUGUCCAGCGUCUUCUUCUUUCUGCCCGUCUUCUGCCUCACGGUCCUCUACGGUCUCAUCGGCAGGAAGCUGUGGCAGCGGCGCGGCGGCGCGGCGGUGGGCGUCUCGUCCCGGGACAAGAGCCACACGCAGACGGUGAAGAUGCUGGCUGUAGUGGUGUUUGCAUUCAUCCUCUGCUGGCUGCCCUUCCAUGUAGGGCGGUAUUUAUUCUCCAAAUCCUUUGAGCCGGGCUCCCUGGAGAUUGCUCAGAUCAGCCAGUACUGCAACCUCGUGUCCUUUGUCCUCUUCUACCUCAGUGCUGCCAUCAACCCCAUUCUCUACAACAUAAUGUCCAAGAAGUACCGGGUGGCAGUGUUCAGACUUCUGGGAUUCGAACCCUUCUCUCAGAGAAAACUCUCCAGUCUAAAGGAUGAAAGUUCUCGGGCCUGGACAGAGUCCACUAUCAACACCUGAUCUGGCACUUUGCUGAGCAUAGUCAUCGCUUAUUGCCUGAAGCAACAG